CCCAGCCCCCCAGCGGGUACGGGGAGCCCCGGCCUGUGGCCCUGCGGCAUGGCUACCAGCUGACAUAUGGGGGCUACGCCCCACUGGCCCCCACCCUGCUGGCCCGGGGCGCCCCCUACUGCCAGCUGCCUCAGCCGCCCCCCUACGGCCUAGGGGGCAGCUACCAGGCCUUCUGUCACAGCCAGUACCAAGCCCGGUUCCAGCUGUACCGGGGCAGCCCAGCUCUGCUGCCCUCCCUGGUGCCCACGGGCCACCUCGGGCUCCUGGCGCCGCCCGCCCCGCCGCCCGGGGAGCUCCCGGCCAAGCCCAAGAGGAGCCGCAAGGCCUGGGCCCACAAGCGCCCCACCAGCCACACCUGCAGCCACCCCAGCUGCGGCAAGACCUAUACCAAGAGCUCCCACCUCAAGGCCCAUCUCCGCACCCACACAGGCGAGAAGCCGUACCACUGCACCUGGGAGGGCUGCGGCUGGAAGUUCGCCCGCUCGGACGAGCUGACGCGCCACUACCGCAAGCACACGGGGCAGCGUCCCUUUCAGUGCCGGCUGUGCCAGCGUGCCUUCUCCCGCUCGGACCACCUGGCCCUGCACCUGAAGAGACACUUGUAGUGAGCGAGGCUGCACUGUGUCUGGCUCUGCCUGCACCACGGACUGGAGUGGCCACGCCACCAGCAUCGCCCUGUGACUGCCACGGAUACUUGGGGCCAGACGGGCACCGGAGGGUGGCGGAGGAGAACACGCGGCUGCAGGAGCUCAUCGUGGAGGAGCUAGCACAGGCCGAGCGCUGGCAGGGGCACUACGAGGGGCUGCUGGGGCGCCAGGCCCGGCUCCAUGCCCUGCUGCAGGCCCAGAGCCUGGAGUCGCUGGAGCAGGCAGCCCGGGCGCUGCGGGACGAGCUGGAGGAGGCUCAGGGCGCCUUGUGGGAGCAGCAAGAGCAGAGCCGCCGGUGCCAUGUCCACCAGCUGGUAAGAGCGCCACGGCACCAUGGGGACCGAUGGCAACCAGUACCACAGCAACCAGCGCCACGGCACCAUGGGGACCCAUGGCAACCAGUACCACAGCAACCAGCGCCACGGCACCAUGGGGACCCACAGCAACCAGUACCACAGCAACCAGCGCCACGGCACCAUGGGGACCCACGGCAACCAGUACCACAGCAACCAGCGCCACGGCACCAUGGGGACCCACGGCAACCAGUACCACAGCAACCAGCACCAUGGCACCAUAGGGACCCACGGCAACCAGUACCACAGCAACCAGCGCCAUGGCACCAUGGGGACCCACGGCAACCAGUACCACAGCAACCAGCACCAUGGCACCAUAGGGACCCAUGGCAACCAGUACCACAGCAACCAGCGCCAUGGCACCAUGGGGACCCAUGGCAACCAGUACCACAGCAACCAGCGCCAUGGCACCAUGGGGACCAAUGGCAUAACAACCAGGGGCCAGAUUGGAGCCAGCGCCCCCUAGAGGGGACAGGCCCCGAGCUUCAUUCCCUGCCUCCCUGCCCCCAGCCAGUUCCCUGCCCUGGGGCCGAUCAGACCAGCACCCCCCAGAGGGGACAGGCCGUAUAUGAAAAAGAAAACCAGAGAUUGGCUGAGACCAUUCAGGAGCUGGAGGGAAAGGUCUCCAAGCAGAGAGCCUGGGAGAAGACCCACAAGCAGGCUCUGCAGCAGCUGCGAGUGCAGGGGGACGAGCUGCAGAGGCAACUGUGGGAUGUGGAGGCCAAACGCCAGGCAAAGGCCGACAGGAUCCGGGAGAAGCAGCGACACGUGGAGGAGCUGAGCGGGACCAUCCGGGAACUUGCUCGAAGGACACAGCUUCCAGAGGGAGGCGCUAUACGGACCCCUGGGGACCCCGCCCGGCAGCCUCCUGUGGGAGGAGCGAGUGCGUGUCCAGACGGAGAAGCUGCUGUGUCAGGAGUCGGUGGCCUCAGGGCCAAGGGGGCGACUCCCCCCCAGGGGCUGUUCCCAUCAGAUCCUGCUUGGUGUCUUUCCCCCCCCCCCAGGUUCCCCAGGAUGCUGCCCCUCUUCCUCCUGGCUGUGGCCCUGCCCCUGCCCCGUGUGGCUGCAGGGGGCAUCUCCUGCUAUGACGAUGCCGGGCAGCCCGUGGACUGGUUCCUGGCCUACAAGCUGCCCCGGCCCCGGCACGGCCCCCCAGACGAGGGCAUGCGCUACAUGUACCAGGAUGCCCGCUCUGGAGGCUGGGUGUCCGGCCGUGCCCUCAUGAACAGCACCCAGAGCGCUGUGGGCAGGACCCUGCUACAGCUCUACCAGGGGGCAAACAGGCGGACGGAAGACACGGCCUACAUCCUGUACAACGACCAGCCCCCAAAGAAUGUCACCUCCUCCACCAGCGCCCGGGGGCACACCAAGGGCGUGGUCCUGCUGGACAGAGCCCAGGGCUUCUGGCUGCUGCACAGCACCCCCCACUACCCGCCCCCCAUGUCGGAGACCUACGCCUGGCCCCACAGCGGCCUGCACAACGGCCAGUCCUUCCUGUGCGUCACCUUCCCCUACGCCCAGUUCAAGGAGAUCGGCACCCAGCUGAGGUUCAGCGACCCCGAGGUGUUCGACGCCCGGGUGCAGGGGCCCUUCGCCCAGGACCUGCCCGACCUGCGCCUGGCCUCCGAGAUGCAGCCCGUGCGGGAGCCCCCCUGGAACCGCAGCGUGGCCCUGACCUCGCGGGGGGGGCGCCGCUUCCUGAGCCUGGCCAAGUUCCGGCUCUUCCACGACGAUCUCUACUCCGGCUGGCUGGCCCAGGCACUCUCCAGCGACCUCUACGUCCAGUUCUGGCCCAACUCGCGGGGGGUCCUGCCCUCCAACUGCUCGGGGUCCUACCGGGUGUAUAACAUCGAGGCGCUGGGCUUCCCGGCCCCGGGGCCCCACUUCUCGGCCACCGUCGACCACUCCAAGUGGUGCGUGAGCACCGAGCGUGCGCCCGGCUGGGCCUGCGUGGGCGACACGAACCGCAAUGUGGAGGAGGAGCAGCGGGGAGGGGGGACCCUGUGCCAGCAGGACCCGGCCGUCUGGAAAUCUUAUUGCGCCCUAGUGCAGAGCUAUAGCAAGUGCUAGGAGGGGAGCGGGGGCUAGUGGGUGGAGCCAGGAUUGGGAAUCCGUCACCGCCCCAGUGACUCUCCAGGGGAACCUUUCAGUGCCUCAGUUUCCCCAUCUGUGACACUUGCACUUACCUACCUCCCUGGGGCUGUGGGGUGGGGGGAUUCAAUGGUGCUUGCGAAGCUGUGGGGGUCUCCAUGCCCCUGUAUAAAUGCAGCCCCCGCACUGGCUCUUUCAAUAAUAAUCUUGCGAUUUCUA